AUGAACAAAAGAUACGGGCAUCCUGACACCGUUUCAAACAAUCCUAAUGACUACAUGAACCGCAGUUAUGAAACCGCUCGUGGGAUGCUAGAGAACAACCCAGUGAUUGCAUACGGCCUCACUGCACUGUGUUUUGUCUUCAUCUUACUAGAUUACUUAGGUCGCGCCCCAAUAUCGCUACUCUGCCUCCCCAGAGACUUCCUUGUCUAUAUCAUCCCGUCCCGAAUCAUUGUCGCAAUGGAUCCCUGCAUGGCCGACACUGAAGCUAUCUCCCAAGGCGCGUCUCUGCCCUUCAAACAAAAGAAAGACGCCAUGAUGCGAAUUCUUGGUGGUAUGAUGGCCAGCACCGGCAGCUUCAGCUCCCUUGCCUCCCUCCCUCGGCCUCAAUCCUUCUCGAAUCUCGGAAAUGCUCUACUGGGAUCGACAAGGGACGGGGCACCACCGGGCCUAGGAAAUUGGAAUAAUUCAUGUUUUCAAAACAGUGUGAUGCAAGGUCUGGCGUCUCUGAGGUCCCUGAUGAACUUUUUGGGACGCAACAUGGGUAGCGCUCCACCAAAAGGCUUCCUCGAGACACACGUUGCGCUAUUCAACCUGAUCAAUAGUCUGAACAGCGCUUCGAACCAUGGAAAAAGGUUUUGGGUUCCGGAACCUUUGGAUUCGAUGAGCAGCUGGCAACAGCAAGAUGCGCAGGAAUACUUCUCCAAGAUCAUUCAUCAGAUCGACGUGGAGGCUGAGCUAGUUUCACAUGGAGAGACGACCAAUGCGGGCUUGAAGAUGGUGGGACCCGAAGAACACAUUGUGCAAGGUAGCUUCGAUGAUGAAUCCUGCUCUGAGAAAAAUGACAUGGCAUCACCAGCCCUGGGCUUUCUUCACAAUCCUCUGCAAGGUUUGUUAGCUCAACGAGUUGGCUGUAUGGACUGCGGUUAUUCAGAGGGCCUUUCACUCAUUCCUUUCAACUGUCUCACGGUCCCUCUUGGCGAAAAACUCGAAUACGACAUCCGCGAAUGCUUGGAUCAAUACAUGACGCUUGAGCCUAUCGAAGGUGUGGAGUGCGCCAAGUGCACUCUUUUGCAUAAAAAAGAGCAGCUGACCAACUUACUCGACGGUCUUGGUGAUGAAAAUCGGAGCCAGUCAACCAGCUCCGAAACACCCCAACCUCUUGAAGGCGUGAGACUGUCGGCCCUCUCCAGACUAGAGGAGGUCAAUCAUGCCCUGGAGAAUAAAGACUUCAGCGAGAACACAUUGGCUCAAAAGUGUCACAUUCCCUCCAGGGACCGGGUCAAUACCACCAAGUCCCGACAAGCAGUGAUCGCAAGAGCUCCUCAGUGCGUCGCAAUCCAUAUUAAUCGCAGCCUUUUCGACGAGAUGACCGGCAUGCUGAGGAAGAAUUAUGCGUCAGUCCGGUUUCCUCCAACCAUCGAUCUAAAUUCUUGGUGUCUUGGAACUCGAGCUGCCGGCGAGUCUGGUGAUAUCCUUGAGGAAUGGGAGACCAACCCCUCCAAGUCUAUGAUUCCGCAGCUCGGCGAAUCGAUUGAGAUAUCUAGCAGGCUGUAUGAACUCCGAGCUGUGAUAACCCAUUACGGUCGCCAUGAAAACGGACACUACAUCUGUUAUCGGAAAUACCCCACCUCAGAGUUCACGGCCCCUCCCCCGGAUGAAAUUCUCCAAGCCGAGGGCGACCAAGAUAAACCUGAGCGCUGGUGGCGACUCAGUGACGAUGAUGUUGAAAUGGUUAGCGAAGGGCAUGUGAUGUCCCAAGGAGGUGCUUUCAUGUUGUUUUAUGAGGCUAUCGACGAGUCCACCCAGCUUCGUUCCCAGUCCCCAUCCACGGAGGAGUAUCUUUCCCUCACCUCAGGCGAUGAUGAUCCUCUUGAGAUGUCAAAAAUCCCCGCGGACAGUCUCAUGGAGGACAUCUCCGCUUCAUCGACAGUUACUGACUUUGAGUCUUCCACCCGUGCGACCAGCAUCUCGAUGCCUUCGGAGGAGGCUCCGCGCAACCUCCUUCACACUAAAGAGCAAACUGUUUGUGACGCCUACCUCCCUCCCAAGGAUGAUACCGAAUCGCACCCUGCGACUGCCAUAUGA